AUGAUACCCUCAAAUACAAGAAAACAACCAGCAUCGUCUAUAAGACAGCAGGCUAAUGAUUCUGGGCUUGUCGCGUCAAAUUCAACUGCAAGCCGCUUUCUAGGAAGCAGGCCAAAGGCAUGGAUGCAGAAUGCAAGCGUAUCCAGCCCUACUUCCCCUAUCACGCGCAGACCUUCACGGCCCCUUCCUCCAGCUAAUAAACCCCAGCCAGGCCGUAACCUAGGUCCAAAAGACGCGAUUUGUCCCUCUGGAAAUACAAAUACAAAUGGAGAUAUACCAGCUUCCAAGGAGCCCAAGGAUGCCGUCCCUACGCAAUGUCUUUCGCCGGUAUCACCCAACAUGCUUCCUCCAGCUUUACCUGUCACCCCAGCCACGGUGCAGCAAGAUCAGCUGGUGCAGCAGCUAGUGCACCCAGCACAAACAGUGGAGCAGACCACCCAGGCUCUGCCUUCUCCAAGCCUCAGUCAUGGGUCUCAUCCAGCAGGAGAUAUACCUUGUGCCAACCAAGUGACUGCUGACACUGAAGUGCCGGCUGUCUCAGUCCCUCCAGCUUUAGGGCAUCAUACUGCUCCUCCAGGGCAAGGCUCUCAUGCUCCCCAGGCAUCUCGGGAUAGUCCUCAAGUUGACCGCUCAACUAUCCCCCAGGAACAUCCACUCGCUGAGGCAGCUCAGCCCAGUGAGCAGGACAGCGAAGGUCAGGAUAAGCAUCAAAAUAAGCGCCCGCGUCUAACCACCUUCCAACCGCCAACGACUACUUCUCCUUCCGCUGCCCCUAUUACUCCUGUUACUCCUACCACGACAACCACCACAUCUACUGCCAGCAUUGCCGCUAUUACCACUGCAACGGCUACUGCUCCUGCUCCCCACGUACCAGUAUCGCUGCAACCGCUGUCACUUACACCUCUCAUUACCGGAGCGGGUACAAACCUGCCUGGAAACGCGCUACCGCCCCUCCAACAACCGCCAACAGACCUCUCCCCCCAGGCUUUGAACUCCUGCGCACUGUUCUUAGAUAGCAUCGCCUCAAGAUUUCAGCCAACUGAAUCUACUUUCAUUCACAUGCUAAGGGAUGCCUGUUCAAGCUACGAUCUUCAUUAUCUCGCCCUUCAUCAGCUGUACUGCUUGUCCCUCAAAUUUCACGGGUCAUAUCCAGGUAUCGGAAAUUAUGCAACAAGAGGCAUCCAAACAGUCCUAGGCUUAAUUUCUAAUUCUACAAAACUUUCCGCCACUUUUAUAGAAUACUUCAGUGCCUUCCCUUCCGAUUAUCCGACCAUCGUUUCCCUGAAUAAACAAUACGCGGCCGCGGUGAGCGCCAUUGUAAGCUGGGCGGCUUCUCUGGUAAACAUCUGGCCUCCUUUCUUCUCGAAUGUGAUCAAUCGUGGGUAUCCACCUUUGCUAGACGAGAUCGCAACGUCUCUCGGCGUUCAUUCAAAUGUCAUGCAUGGUAUAUUCUACUCUGGCUGCGUUUCUAGACUCGUUGCAAACCGGGCACCAGGGCUGCGAGACGCGUGGAAGCAUAUCCUCAAGAAGAAUAUUGAUUCUUACAGAAAUCGUUUGAAGAGAGCCAAUACCCAGAAUCCUGUCACAGAAGCGCAUAUUCAGAACGAAAACAGACAGCUGGCAUUGAUGUAUCAGAAAAUAGGUGAAAAAUACCCUCCCAAAGGUACACCUCCUGUGCCAGUUAUGCAGCCUGCCGUCCCGCAGCAAUCUGUUUAUCAUCAACAACCCUCCUACAACACUCAUCCCAUGCUUCAACCUCUCCGUUCCAGUCAUCCGCUCCCUCCGCGUCCAGUGCCUUCGCACCCAACACCCGGUUUAAUACCGAGCCAGCAGUAUUCGCGCUUCCCAAGUGCUGCCACAACCGGAUUACAGCCCUUUCCUCAGCCACUUCCUCCACUCUUCCAGCAGCAACCAUCAACAGAUAUCCCGAGUACCGCAACUGCCUUGACUAAUCCUUCACCUAUAACAAUACCGGCAUAUGCUCACGGACUCCAUCAACCAGUGACCGACUCUACUGCUACACUUACCCCCAUCAUCCCUUGUUUCAUGCCAUCCUAUCAGGCUUAUCCAAGUCCCCCCGUUCCACCACAACCUGUUGGGACGCCACUAUUCCCUCCUCGCAAUGCAAACUCUCUUCCACCUGCCAAUCCGUCUCCAAACGCUAGCGUUCACCUAGCUCACUUAAGGGUUGUCAACGUUUCUCUGCCAAAACCCGGCUCUCAGGAGCCUGGUGAAAAUUUAUUCCAUUCUUUUGAGUCAUUUGCCGUAUCCCCCACAUGCCUGGAUUGGAUGCAGUGUAACUCUCAACACACAUUUAAUCUAUCGCAAAGUCAGCAUGCCGCACUUCCGCGACACCUUAAGCCGCCUAAUACAUGUCAUAUUACUCAAGGUGUCUUCGAUGGAUGUAAGACUUACCAAAUUAAAUGUGUGCAUGUUACUGAUACCCAUUCUUUGACCGAGGAGGGAUGGAUGGCUACUGAAUGCACAUGGCCUACGGCCAUUUAUAUCCACGUCAAUGGCCAUGAACACUUCCUCCAGCGAAGAUUUCAUUUUGGAAAGGAUUUACCAGUUUCCAUUAAUAGAGUCCUUAAGCCAGGGAAAAAUGAGGUUAAGAUCACCAUCAUUGGUCCACCAGAAGCGUACAAGAAAAAAUUUGCCAUAGCAGUGGAAGUGAUAGAUGUGGCUUCAUAUAAACGAACUCGAGAGGCGAUUCAGACUCUAUCACAGCCUCAAUCCCUCAACCUCAUCUUUAAUAGGCUGACCAACAACACAAUUAACACUGAUGAACUCUCCUUUGUUGAUGACUUCAUAACUAUACCCAUAAUUGACCCUUUUAUGGCUCGUAUUUUUGACAUCCCGGUCCGCACAGUUUCUUGCAAGCAUACUGAAUGUUUCGACCUCAAUACUUUCCUGGAUACAAGGCUCUCUCGUGUAGCAAAAGGGCCUCAUGGCAUGGCAGAGGACUGGAAAUGUCCAAUCUGCAAUGAAGACGCGCGACCAAAACGUUUACUUAUUGAUCAAUUUCUAAUUCAGGUUCGGGAAGAGCUUGCUAAUCGAAAACAACUAGAUGACGUUACUGCUAUAAGAGUUCGAGCCGAUAAAUCUUGGGAUGUUGUCAUGCGUCAGCCUAGUACCGGGAGGACCGCCCGAGGCCCCUUAACGAGAGAGGAGGAAGAGGCAACGGCUACAACUAGCGCUACCUCCAAUUCACCUAGGGCUACCCAGGCGCCUCCUGAGAUCAUUGAACUUGAUUAA